UUUUAUUGCUCUAUUACUGAAUGUACAAAUGUUUUGCCGUUUUUUCUCGUGAUUCCACUCUCCCUAACUCCAUUAUUCCGAAAUUCGUAUUCGAGAGAAUAUGUUAUUACAACUAAAGAAAAACUAAAAUACAACAUAUUUUCGAAUUUAUUUAUUGAUAUAUACAAAUGGAAAACGUCCAAAAUGACGUUACGUACUUCACCGAACACGAUGAAGCGAAACGCAUGGUAGAAGAAAUAUCUUCCCUGUCAAUCGAGCUACUUUUUGACGAAAGCAAGUCAGGUUCUGCUUCAAAUGAUACCAAAGAUAACAUUCUAGAGAAAUUGGUCUCAAAUGUUAACAAAAUCAGCGACAUUGUGGGUAAGUAUAUGGAUAUUGAGGUGUUGUUGUAUCAGUACAUAGAAACACUGAUUGGAGAUAUCUUCGAAAUUCUAAAAAGGUUCGUACUUUUACCAAACGCACUCAAGUUCGAUAUUACAAGGAGAGUAGAUUCUAAGAAAUCCAUUCCCUUGAUAACUUUGGAAAAGCUCUGCUUCUACCUGUACAUUAUCUCUAAAUGCGUAGGGGUUAGGCGCCUGAUAAACUACGCUCCAAAUGACGUAUCUUUGUUUGAAAAGAUCACGGAAACCAUAGAAAUGAUACAAAACACCAACUCUGGAACCAGUGAAACUGAAAUUAGCAAACACGAGGACCACCUCUGGUGUUUGGAAUUUAUAUUCCUAUCCUGGGAAUCCCUGAUGGUUUACACUCCAUUUGACUUAAAUACGAUAUGGAAGCACCCAUUUGAUGAGAAAAUAACCUUUCAAACGAGAAUUUUGACUUGCUCAAUGUACUACCUGAACAAGUCGACAAAGGCCAGAGACGGCGCAGCCAUGGUAAUAUCGAACUUAUUCUCAAGGAAAGACGUACUGAAUUCUCAAGACUUCCAAUAUUUCCUCAAGUUUUGCCAAGAUAUUCUAACUAACCCCCUCUAUAACGUUAAUUUAAACCAAGAAUACAACAAGGACUAUUUAGCGGUGACGGGUUCAGCGAACAACGUAAACAAUCACCUAUCAAUUGGUGUCCUAAUGGUACUCAAACAGAUUAUCAAGAGAGUCCAAACCCCUGACUUGAUCCCUUAUUUGGACAUUUUUGAGUUUUGUCUGCUCAAUUGCGAUGAUAUUGUUGUUAACGCAGCAACUAAGAAACUCAGGUCCUCGUGUUUGGGUCGUCUAGCUUUGCACCUAUUGCCUCCUCAAGAAGAUUCUCAAAAAUAUCGUAGGAAAUAUAGAACUAUUUUCACUAAAAAAAACUCUGAAGAGGAUAAAAAUGGCCCUCAAAACACAGAUUUAACAGACAGAAAGGCCAGUGCAUUUGAUGCAGCUCGAGUUGAGGUUAUGCUGUCAAAAAUUCUAGAGACUCUGGUCGACAAUGAUAUUAGAGUUAGGUGGGCAUGCGCAAAGUCAGUGGGUAGAAUAUCAUCGAGGCUAACCAUUCAAAUGAAUGAAGAGAUUCUUGACCACAUUAUUGAACUGAUUAAUUCACAGUUUACCCGUACCCUGAACGGAACCCCAGCUGAUGUAUUGAAUAUCAACGGAAACAUAAUUAGUUGCCUAACAUCACCCAAAGUCGUUGUCCAACCAUUGAGCGCAGAAUGUGAGAGCGUAGUCCACGGAGGAUGUUUAGCAAUUGCGGAGAUUCUGAGAGAAGGCCUGAUCCACCCACAUAUGUUAAACAAGGUUCUGGAUACCACUAUUUUAACGCUUUCAUUCGAAGUGUGGAGAGGAAAAGGCUCAGCAGGAACUGCAGUUAGAGACGCCUCUUGUUUCAUUUGCUGGGCAAUCGCGAGAACAUUCACCAAAGAAAUGCUCAGCACUGACCACGUAUCCAGGAUCAGCAUGGAAUUGGUAAAUGUUAGUCUGUUUGACUCUAGCGUAAACUGCAGAAGAGCGGCUUGUUCAGCAUUGCAGGAGCUCGUGGGAAGGUUUGGAACAGUUUCAAAGGGUCUGGAACUCAUACAGAUUUGUAACUACUUUACGGUUUCUAAUCGCAAGAAAGCGUUUGUCGAAGUCUGCCAACAAGUUGCAAGACUUGGUUACUACUCAAACUCGAUGUUACAAAAUGUUAUCAGAACAAAGUUGUUCCACCCAGAUAUGUCAACAAGAGAACUCUCUUCACUGGCGAUAUGUAAAAUAGUAUCAGCAACGCCGCAUUUAUCACUUUCCUACAUUAAUAAUUAUCACACACAAAGUGAUAAUGGCGACAAAUUAAAUAACAUUAACGACAAGCAAAGUAUAGAGUUCACAGUUACAUCGUUAAUAGACUAUCUUCUGGAGAAUUUAUACACUACAUCGACCUCUACAACUCAGGGUGCACUUAGAGCACUGGCAAGGCUGUUAUACUUUGUGAUUGAGAGAAAUAUACCCGUGAAUUUGAUAUUGUUUAAGGUUUUGGACGUACCCGUUACCUUCGAGAAGAAAAGGUUAUUUCGGAACAAGAGUUCAAACAUCAUAAGGCAAGCUAUUUGUAAACUAAUAACAGUGAAUUGUAAACUAAUGCUGCACAUGAAUACCUUACCCACGUACAACUACAAUGAAAAUAUGGAAACGUUUAAGAAAAUUAUCGACUACUAUAUUGUUAUACUGAAGGACAGCUUGAGAAAUUUUGCACUAGAGGUCCAGUUGUCUGCAGUGGAGGCAUUUGAGCAGCUUUUUAUGAUUAUAAGGGAUGCAGACGUGUCGGAAAACCUCUUGAAGUUUUUUACAGAUUCACUGUCCUCCAGAAGUGACCACAUUUCAGCAAGGAGAGGAUACGCUCUUGUUUUCUCCUCGAUACCGCUCAGAGUCUUUACUGAUAUUGACGAGGAAAAGAACAGGUCCAAGAUUAAUAAUGACAAUCAUACCACUCAUUCUGAGCAGAAAAACAGUAUUAAUGAGAUAAAUACUGUGAAUGAGGUGUUAACUCUGCUCUGCAAUGAGAUAAAAACCAAUGUAAAGUAUGAGGAAGUUAAGGAUUCAAAGACCAGACAGUUUGCAUUGUUGUCAGUUUUAUCAAUUCUGAACAGAAUUAAGGACCAUGUUUUGGAAAAGAAGAUUUUAGAACAGAUCACGGAAACCCUGGUUAUGUGUUGUAACGACUAUGAAAUAGACUCACGAGGCGACGUUGGCUCGUGGGUCAGAGAACUAUCAUCUGAAGUCAUUUGCUACAUACUUAAUGUGUACCUCUUUAAAAACAACAAUUAUAGGGGAAAUCUGUCCAACACUUUCAAGAACAUGGACAAGGAAAUGGCAACUAACCUCACAGGUGGUUUGGUAGGACUGGCUCUGGAGAAUUUGGAACACGUGAGGUCAAGAAGCACAUUUCUUAUGUGUCACCUCUUCACAAAUAAACUGUCAAAGUUAAACUUCAAGUGGAUAUGGAAUAGGAUAUUCUACAAUAUACCUUAUGAGCAGAUGAUAUCUACAAAUGAAGAUUAUUGUUCUAGAACCAGGUAUGUAUCCGCGACUAAUUCCACUUCUACACCUUCAACUCGGCUGGAUGAUGAAACAGAAGAGUGUGAUGGGGACAGCGACGCCGACAGAGAUGUCGACUAUGAAAUUGAGAAGUACAUUGACAGGAAUUAUGAAAUUGACAUGUAUAUCAACAUAGAUAACAGACUGUUGGAUGGAUUCAACAUGCUUUUUGACAUUUCUAAAAGUCUAAUACAAGUGAUUUCGGCAACUUAUGAAAACAAAACAGAAUUUAAUUCAGAACAUGAACUUGACUAUCAAAAAUCUCUCCAAAAACAAAAGUACUCAAUCGAGAGUAACGGAUUGAUUCCUGUUAAUGACUGUGAAAACCUUCUGGAGUAUUCACUCACAAACACCGAAAAAUUGAACGUCGUUUUGAGAAUACCCGGCUGGUCAGCUGCACCUCUGACAUUCAGGACCUUCCUCUGGGUUCUUCUGAUACCGUCCUACACCAGAGUUGCAUUCAAGUCAAUUGUGAAGAUAAUUGGUGAAAACAACAGGAUAGAAGUUAACAUUCACGCCAACAAUAGUGUUCUGGUUCUGGAGGAUGUUUUGAUAGAGUUCAUUUCACAGAACAAGGACACAUUUAUAUCCUGGGCAAAGAGUGUAAAGUGCUUUGAGAUGGUGUUGAGAGAUUGCUCCUUGGAACUAUACAACCGGGCGAUAGCGACAAACGACUCGAAAACUUCCCAGAAACUUGUCAACUCCCUCAAGAUUCUGUUCAGCCAUCGUCUCGUUGAGGUUCAGGAGUGGUAUGAGUUGAUCGAAAUUAUGAUCAACGACGCAAAAAGAACCACGAACUACGCCUAUCUCAAGAGUAUUGUGAGGUGCCUUGAAGUUUUACUGAUGUACGAGUCUGAGUCUUUCACAAAGGAAAUUCUAAAGACGUUACUGCAACUCCUGGUUCACCAGUAUCCGACAAUUCGUUCCUACGUCGCUUCGCAUCUGACCCUAGCUCUUAGCAGCAGGGAGGAUGUUUUGGCGGAAGAGGCCAUGGAAAUUUUGGAUUCCUGCUCUUUCCACGUGGAGGAUGAAGAUACUAUUUUAAAAUCAAUUAAAAAGCUGAGUACUCUACUGAAGGUUUAAUUCGGUCUAAAUUAUAUAAAAUACACAGAAUACAUAAAGUAUGUAAAAUACAUUAAGUUAUUACAGUUUAUAUUCAAUUUCAUGGUCUAGAUCCUCUUCUUCACAGAACGAGUAUUUAUAAUCCCCAACAACAUAGUCAUCAUCGUUGAAAAGAUUCUCCAUCUCGACUUUUUCGACGUGUGGAUGAUCGAAUUCUUCA